UCGUUUAUGUGAAAUGUUUGAAAAAUCUUCCGGCGGCUGUUACAGAGAUGAGAAAGGGCACAUGUGGAUUCUCGUUCGGUUUGUUACUGCCUAUACAUAUCCAAACAAACAUGGCAGAGGUGGAGGACCAGCUUCGGAGAAUGGUAAUGACCUUUAGGGUCUCAGAGCUUCAGAUGUUAUUAGGUUAUGCUGGCAAGAACAAAACUGGUCGUAAAAAUGAGCUACAGAGCCGAGCCAUUGAAAUUGUAAGGCUUCGAAACCCUGCCAUACAAGCAAAAAUAAAAGAAUUAUACAAGAGCAUUCAACUAGAGAUGAUGUCGUUUGGUGACAGGUCACAAGCAGCAGCGAGUGGGCCAGCUGGAAUUCUACCUGCACAGAAGGUACCCAUGGGUCUUAAUUCUAUUGCGGGAUACACACAGAGUGGCAGUGUAGGCAGUAUAGGUGUGAACUCUACACUCAGUAGUUCACGAUAUACUGCUGGUUCCCCGCAAGUUGCCGCAUCAGCUCUCUCACCUACAGUAGGAUACCCACCGUUAGGAGGAAAUCCCCUCAACUCUACAUAUCCAAUAAAUCCUGAUGUGAAACUGAAAAAACUACCGUUUUAUGAUAUGUUAGGGGAGUUACUAAAACCUUCAUCAUUAGCACCACAGGGAUCUGGGAGGUAUCAAGAAGCCACAUUCACAUUUUCUCUCACUCCCCACCAAGCAAAUAAAAUUGCCAGCUCGAGAGAUCUUCGUCCUUGCAAACAGGAUUACACAGUUCAGGUUCAAAUGAGAUUUUGUUUAUUAGAAACUACGUGUGAACAAGAAGACAAUUUUCCACCAAAUAUAGCUGUAAAGAUUAACGAUAAAAUGUGCCCUUUACCGACACCUAUACCUACAAAUAAGCCAGGAGUAGAACCAAAGAGACCGUCUCGACCAGUUAAUGUCACAGCUCUUUGUCGUAUAUCCCCUACAGUCACAAAUCGUAUUCAGGUUUCUUGGGCAUCCGAAUAUGGAAGAUGCUAUGUCAUAUCAGUAUACCUUGUACAAAAGCUCACCUCUGAUGAUUUAUUACAAAGACUAAAGAACAAGGGUGCCAAAAUAGCAGAUUUUACGAGAUCACUGAUUAAACAAAAACUACAAGAAGAUGCGGACUGUGAAAUAGCAACAACCUCUCUGCGUUGUUCACUAAUGUGUCCAUUGGGAAAAAUGCGCAUGUUACUACCAUGUCGAGCCAGUACCUGUGAUCACCUCCAGUGUUUUGAUGCAUCAUUAUACUUGCAAAUGAAUGAACGUAAACCAACUUGGACAUGCCCUGUGUGCGAUAAACCAGCUCUUUAUGAUAAUUUGGUUAUUGACGGGUAUUUCCAAGAGGUUUUACAUGAAAAUUCAAUAUGCAAUGAGGUUACUUUACAUAAGGAUGGACAUUGGACUCCGUUAAUGCCAAAGAAAGAACAGAAAGAACCCCAGGUAGAGAAAAGAAAGUCUGAAGUUGCUGUAGAGACCUUGAGUGAUGACAGCGAUGAUGACGGAGGAGAUCAGGAUGAUGCACCUAUUGUAGAAGAAGUUAGCAGCAAGAAAAAGAAUCCUGAACCCGAGAUAAUAACACUCAGUGACAGUGAAGGGGAAGAAGACUGUGGUCCCCCUCCAGCUAAGAAAUCAAAUACUGCUCAAUCAUCAUCGUCUACAUCAUCAUCUACCACAGCCACAGCUACCACAAACAGUACUGGGAACACCACUCCACAGGAAUCAGAGGGCACCACUAAGUCAAACGAUUCUUGGUGCGUAGGGGAGGUUGACCCUGGCAAACGACUCGUCUUUAGGAAGUCCCUCUCUAGCUCCUCAAGUGGAACAGGUGGUCUGCUUACACCAGCAGGUGGUGGCACUGGCAGUGGAACAACCUUUUCUCCGCCAUCGUCUGGAUCAGUAAGUCCACAAGUUAUAUGCUUGGAUAGUCCAGCAUCUUCACCAUCUCCACCACCAAGGAGGCCAAAUCCUGGGCCUUCUCCUUUACCAUCAGCCCCAGGUUUUACAGUUACACCUGUUGUGUCCACCCCUUCUUCUGUUUCACCCACUUUUCCCCCAACUACAUCUAGUGAAAUGCGACCUCUAGUAACAGUUACACCAAGAAGUACUCCACCAGUUAGUAGUAAUAGUACUAAUAGCAGUCCAACCCCUCACACAUCCAUUAUACCUAUCACUACCUCUCCAUCAUCGGUGCCAGCCAUUCCAUCAGGUUCUUCAACCUCCCAGAGUUUUCUCACUCCAACACCAAAUCCCUCUCCUGCUCAAGACCCACUAGCCACUUCGCCAACUUUCACUCCACAGUCAUCAUCGGCAGUUGCUGCUGCUGCAGCUGCGGCUGUGGCUUCAGUUGGUCUUGGCUCAAGUCCUUUCUCUCUUCCACCAGCUUUACAAAGUCUCUUUAGCCCCUUAGGUAUGAUGCCACCAACGACUAUGGCAGGAAAUUUACCAUUUAGACCAUCUGAUAGAUACCCUAUGUAGAAUUUUGUAUUCGUUAGGCAACCCAUUCCUAUUUUAAACAUGAAAUGGUGCCUCUUGUACACAAGUGCUUAUUGUGUAAAUUAUAAUCUAUAUAUAGUACAUAUAUAUCUCUGUAAUUACAUUUGCAAAAGUCUUAUUUUGCUUCUCACCAAAGUUUAAAUUUUAUUUAAUAUCUCUGAUUUAAUGUCUGUGUCCAGACUACAUGAUUCCACCAGUUUUUAUAUAGUUCAAAAGUACAAAAAGUUUGCUGCUGUAAGAUGGUAUUGUCAGGGUGCAGUCAGCAUAAUGUAUAGCUAAGUUGUGAAAAGUAUGGUUGUUAAUUUAUAUCUUCCAUGAUUUUUGAGUUAGCAGUAUGGAGGAAGUGAUGUAAUGUACAUUUUACCAGUUCUGCAUACUUCCUUUGAUCAUUAGGAAACUUGGGGAAAAUGGUGUGUUUUUGUAACACUUGAAUUAAGGAAAAUAUGCUGAGGGUUAAGAACAAGUCUGCCUGUGUAUUAUAAUGUUUAAAACUUAGAUAUUUGUAUCAAAUAUCUAUGUUAGGGUGGAUAAUUUUGACCCUUUUUAUUAUGAAAAAUAAGUGUUGCCAUGUAUAUUACAUUGCACAAAGUUCCGGAUUUGUAAAUUUAGUUUAAAAAAAAAUUCCAGCUAGGUAUUAAUUUGUUCUGCUUGUACUUUUUACUUUGCAUUUGGACAGCAUGAAAUUUUUUCUGUGAAAGUUAUAAGUAAAUUCUGAUGGGAGCAGUCAAAAAAUACUUAUGAAAAGUUGCAUCAGUGGAGUGCUGUCUGUUUGAAGUUUCAAAAAGCAAAGUUAUUGCAAAAGUUUACCACUUGAUUUUUACAUACGGAAGUAAUUUUCAUAAAAAUUGAAAUAUUUUUGUCUGUUCAAAAUGUUUGGAUGUACCAAGUUUUAUGUACAAUAUAGUCAGCUUUGUUUCUGUGGGGUGGUAAACAUUUAUGGUAAUGUAGGAAUUGGCCUUUUAUUUUUUUUAUUCUCAAUUAUUACCGGAAAAAGGAAAUUGUGCAUUGUAAAUCAAUAUUAAUCAUGACUGUGUGGGGAACUUUACAUUUCUUCUUAAAGCAAUGUAAAAGGAUUCAUAUAGUUUAAUCCAUUUGUUACCAGCUUAGAACGUCCAAAAUGAAUAUUUGAGACUUCAUGUUUUAGUGACACAUUGUAGGUUAUUGUUAAACAUUCCUACUUCAGUAACUUACCUAGUAUUCUCUGUUGAUGAUAUGGGCUGCCGAAAUGGAUUGUGUAAAUUUUUAAUAAACUAUUUGAUAAU